UUGAUCUCAGCACCACAGCUCCUCUGGUUUCAGACCGCGAGGGUGCUCGUGUCUAUCUGUCCCAACCUUUUCUCCCUUCUCCCUGAACCUCUUUUAUCUGCACAUCAGAGUCCUUAUCACUUCCUCACUCAGCCUCCUUCCUUAGGGAGGUGUUGGAAAACACUGCGAGGGGAUUUUACCCAGAGGAUAAUGAUCGAAGCUUGCAGACAGUUUUCCUAAAUCUUUUGUCCCAAAACAGUGGAGUUAAUCUACAUCAGCUCAGGGUUGCCUCUCUGUCUCACCUGAAGAUGAGGAAGCCUCGCUUCCUGCCACUCUGUGCCCUUCUGGGCGUCCUGUUCACAGGAAUCCUCCCUAAACUUGAUGCUCAGGACGCACAAGAUUCAACUGAUCUAGUAUUCUUAAUUGAUGGAUCACAGAACGUUGGAGCAGCCAACUUCCCCAGUGUGCGCAAUUUGGUUGUGAGAAUCAUUGAUCGCCUGUCUGUGGGCAGGGAUCAGAUUAGGGUGGCCUUGGUCCAGUACGACAAUGACCCCGACAUAAAGUUCUAUCUAAAUAGCUUGUACGACAAACCCCAAGUCCUGGAAGAGGUGAAGGGCCUGACCUACUCAGGGGGCGAUGAGUCGAACCUGGGGGCUGCCUUGGAGGAAGUGGCCAGGAGCCUUUUGACUGACACAACUGGGAACAGAGCAGAUGAGGGGGUUCCCCAGGUUCUGGUAAUUAUCAGUGCUGGGCCAUCCAGUGAUGAUACCAGUGUCGGUCAUCGGGCCCUUAACAGGGCUGGUGUUUUCACAAUAGGAGUGUCGAUUGGUGACGCUGCCACUGCCGAUCUGGAAGAGGUUGCCACAGAUAGAAGUUUUGUCCAGAAAACCUCUGAUUUCAGAGCACUUGCAACCGUUGGUGAUCAGCUUGUCCGCGACAUUAACCGCUUCGCCCAGGGCACCAUUAUAACUCAGAAUCAGUUCACUGAAGUUGUGAUGGUUGGAAAACGAGACAUAAUUUUCCUGAUCGACAGCACAAUGGGAACCGGGGUCAUCAACACUCUGCGUGAAUACAUCAGGCUGUUUGUCAACACCAGACCAAUUGGUCCAAAUGCCGUCCAAGUGGGUAUUGCCCAGUUUUCCUCUGCCCAGAGACUUGUGAUGGACCUGAACACUUAUGGAACCAGGGAGUCUAUAACCUCUGCACUGGCCAAUAUCCGACCGAGACCGGGACAAAACAUCAACAUCGGCGCAGCCUUGAACUUUGUGAGAGACAACAUGUUGAAGCCUGAGAAGGGCAGUCGCAUCAAUCAGGGCAUACCGCAGCUGGUGAUGUUGUUGACCAGUAAAAAGUCCAGUGACAGUGUGGAUGAGCCUGCUCAGGCCCUGCUUGAAAUGGGUGUGUUGACUCUGGCUGCAGGCACCAGGACUGCUGACCAGGCCGAGUUGGAAAAGAUUGCGUUCAGUGACAGAGUAGUGUUCAUGUCAAAAGACUUCCGACAAAUGUUUCAAAAUGCUGAAGAAAUCACUGAUGCACUGUCGACUCUAGCUGGGACAGUGGUGACCGAACCACCAACUGAUCCAGUGGAGGAGAAGCAGAAAAAAAAGAGUCUCCGAGACAUCGUGUUUCUUUUGGAUGGCUCAAACUACAUUGGAAGCUCUAACUUACCCUACGUGAGAGACUUUAUGAUCAACGUCGUCAACCAGCUUCAGAUAGGUCCUGACCAGAACCAAAUUGGUCUUGUGCAGUUUGCUGAACAGCCAAGAAUAGAGUUUUAUCUGAACACGUAUAGUAACAAGGCUGAUGUGGUGGACAAAAUCUCUCAGCUCAGGUUGACCGGAGGCUCAGUGUUGAACAUGGGAGCUGCUAUGGGCUACGCUUUGAAAAACAUGUUCCAACCAUCCGCUGGUUUCCGUGAGAGUGACGAGGUCCAGCAUGUGUUGAUUCUUAUCACGGGUGGCCCAUCCCAAGAUGAGAUAACAAUUAUGGCUGAUAGACUGGCUCUGGAAAGCAUUCUGACAUUCACAAUCAGUUCUGGACAAGCAAAUCAAAAUGACAUGAAGAAAAUAGCCUUUGUACCAAGUAUAGCUCACCAUGUAGAACGCUUCUCCGAAAUUCCAGCUUUGGCAGAUGUCAUAUUUCCAGAUCUAGUAACCUUGGUUGGUAUUACAGACAUAACUGAAUCCGAGGGAAAUGUCAUUACAGGAGCUGAAAGGGACGUUGCUUUCUUGAUUGACGGCACAGACAGCGUCCGAGCAGAUUUCCCCUACAUUCGGGAUUUUAUUAUGAAAAUUAUUCAACCACUUGACAUCGGAGAAAAUGGCGUACGCGUUUCAGUGAUCCAGCACAGUGAGAGGCCAACUCCAAAUUUCUACCUCAACACUCAUAAAACCAAAGAGGAAGUGAUAAGAGCUGUGAACCAGUUGCAGCUAGCUGGUGGCCGUAGCUUAAACACAGGAGCUGCUCUGAAAUUUAUGAAGGACGUCGUCAUGUCUGAAGGCUAUGGUAGCAGAUCUGCUCAGGGCGUCCCUCAGUUCUUGAUUGUUCUGGCUGCAAACAGAGCCAUGGAUAACGUCAAAGAACCAGCUGGUGAACUGAAGACAGAGGGAGUUGUACCAUUUGGUGUUGGUGUCAAGAAUGCAGAUCGGAGACAGAUUGAAGAAAUUUCACACAAUCCUUCUUUUGCCUUCACUGUGAAAGAAUUCAGCGAACUCAGCACCAUACCUCAGAAGUUGAACAACUAUGUGAGUCUACCAAAGGAACAGCUUACAGUGGUUCUACAGGAAGUGCAAAAUGAUGCUGUAAAAAGAGAUAUUGUGUUCCUGCUGGAUGGCUCUGAUAACACCAGAGAUGGAUUCUCAGACAUAAAACAAUUUGUUAAGAACAUUGUUGAGAGCCUUUUUGUUGAUGAGAGCCUGGACAGAGUUUCUGUGGUCCAGUUUGCUGACAACACUAAAGUCAACUUUUACCUAAAUUCUCACAAGGCAAAGAAUGACAUUAUAAAUGCUCUUGAUAACUUAACACACAAAGGUGGGAGGCGACUCAAUAUUGGUGCAGCGCUCCAGUUUGUGAGGCACAGAGUCUUUACUUCCUCCACUGGCAGUAGAAGGCUCGAAGGAGUGCCUCAGAUUUUAAUUCUCCUCAGUAGCAAACCGUCUACGGACAGCAUGAGAGCACCGGCGUUUGCUCUUAAGGAACAUGAAAUUGUGUCAUUUGGUGUCGGAGUUGGAAACGCCAGCGUUGGAGAAAUGGAAAUGGUUGCAUUCGAACCUGGUUUUACAUACAAGGUGGCUGAUGUCUCCAAACUACCAUUGGUCCAAUCGCAGCUUCUAACUGCUCUGAACAUGAACCGAAAUAAUCAGGGAACCGUGAGUGGGAUCUCUGAUUUAGUAGCUGUAUCACAGGGCCCCAAGAAGGAUAUCGUUUUCCUUGUUGAUGGAUCUGAUAGUGUUGGACGGGAAUUUGCCAUCAUCCAGGAGUUUAUUCGCAGGGUGGUUGAGAGUCUCAAUGUGGGUGAAAACAAGAUCCGGAUUGGUGUGGUUCAAUAUGGGGACUCUGCUCAGGCUGACAUGCAUCUGAAUAUGCAUACAACAAAAGAGGGUGUUUUGGAUGGCAUCAGAGAAAUGCAGCAAAGAGGAGGAAGGCAGCGUAACCUGGGCCGGGCCUUACAAUUUCUCAAACAGAAUGCUUUAACGCCAGCAAGAGGUAGCAGGAGUCAAGAAGGUGUGCCUCAAUUUGUGAUUGUUGUCUCCAGUGGGCCCUCUACAGAUGAUUUCAGUCAAGCAGCUUCUUCCCUUAAACAGUCUAGGAUUAUUCCUUUCAGUAUUGGUACUAGGGAUAUCAACCAAAGAGAGCUGCAGGUUGUGUCAUAUGUGUCUCGUUAUGCCUUCCCCGUGGAUGACCUUCCUGGCUUGUACAGAGUCCAAGAACCCCUAAUCAAUACUUUAACAGAGUUAUCAGAUGAUGACAUCUCAAGGUUGAGGCCAGAGUUUCCAUUUUAUGAAGAUUUCACACCACCACCAAUGGGAGAUAAGAGAGAUGUUGUAUUUCUCAUUGACGGCACAACAGCAGGACGUAGCGAGUUUCCAUCUAUUCGUGACAUGAUAAGAAGAGUUGUGGACAGGUUGGAUGUAGGACUAGACAGGGUCCGAGUUUCAGUGGUGCAGUACAGUGAAGAUCCCAAGGCAGAAUUCCUUCUUAAUGCACACUCCACCAAGAAUGAGGUGCGCCAAGCCCUGGGAAAGCUUAGAAGCAAAGGUGGAAAUCUGCUUAACACGGGUCGUGCUCUUGAGUGGGUCUCCAAAAACAUCUACCAGAGGUCUGCAGGAAGCCGUGUGGAAGAAGGGGUACCUCAAUUCCUGAUUCUGGUUACAGGAGGAAAAUCGUCAGAUGAUGUGCACACACAAGCUGAUCAGCUCAAGAGGAGUCAGGUUGCACCCCUUGCCAUUGGCUCAAGGAAUGCUGACAUAAGUGAACUGCAAAGUAUUUCCUUAAGGCCAGACCUUGCAUUUUCUGUUGAUAGUCUUCAAGAAAUUUCAAGAGUGGAGCCACAACUUCUUAAUUCAGUUGAAACAAUAUCAACAUCUGACAUCAGAAAGUAUAUACACACUGUGGAGACAGGAGUCACACUGGAUCUUGGGAAAAAGGACAUCAUCUUCCUUAUCGAUGGCUCAGACACCACUGGUCCUGCUGGUAUUGCUCAUAUUCGGGACUUCAUCCUCAGCAUUGUCCAACAGCUGGAUGUGAAGCCUGAUAAAGUGCGUGUGGCUGUUGUCCAGUAUGCAGACAGAAUGAAAACAGAGUUCUCACUUAAUUCCCACAACAACAAGCAAGCUGUUAUCUCUGCUAUCAAAAGACUUCGUCAGAUGGGAGGACGUUCCUCUUUACUAGCCAAUGCCAUUGAUUAUGUAUUGGAGAAUGAAGUAAAACCAUCAGCCGGCGUUCGUCUUUCAGAGGCCUCCCAGCAUCUUGUAGUCCUCACAGGUGGACCUUCCACACAGUCAGUUUCUAUCUCUGGACCUCUGCUGAAGAACAAACGUGUGAACUGCAUUGGUGUUGGAGGUGGUGAUGCUGAUGUAAAUCAGCUGAGGCAAAUAGCCACAUCCUCUGAAGAUGUUCUUAAAGUUCCUACACUCCCCAACCUGCCAUCAGUAAAAGACAAGUUUAUUGCCAGACUUAUUGGGAGCACACAAAUAUUGCCAGACCCUGAUCCUCCUACGGAUCCCAGUAUUCCUAUUAAAAAGGCUGAUAUAGUGUUUCUAUUGGAUGGAUCCAUUAAAGUGAAACCAGACAACUUCAAAACAGUCAAAGAUUUCAUAGUAAACCUGAUUGAUCUCUUCUACACUGAGAGAGACAACCUUCGGAUUGGCCUUGCACAAUAUUCCACAGAUGUGACUGAUGCUUUUUAUCUCAACACAUUCAAAGACAGAGAUUCUAUUCUAGCUGCCAUUGAACAAGUACAAUACGACCGUGGAGGUAGACUCAACACAGGUGCAGCUAUUAAACAUGUUCAAGAUGUCCAUUUUACUAAGGCGAAAGGCAGCAGGAAGGAUGAAGGAACUCCUCAGAUCCUCAUGCUUGUCACGGGAGGACGCUCAGAUGAUGAUAGCAAAACAGCAGCCCUGAGUCUAAAAAACAAGGGUGUAAGAAUCUUUGCUGUUGGAGUGGGGAACAUCCAGGAUGAGCUAGAGAACUUAGCAAGUCAUUCUUCCACUGUGGCCCGCGCAGACAACUAUCUGGGGCUGUCAGAGUUGAAUGAACAAAUCCUGGAGGCUUUGGAUGACGAAAUACGAGGGAAGUCAUGUGUUGAUGUGGGAGAAGAGGCUAGAUCCUGCAACGUUGAGGUGUUGGUAGGCUUUGAUGUGUCUGCACAAAACAUCUUCACUGCUCAGACCAACCUCCAGAGCAAGAUGGGUGCUAUUCUGCAGAGGAUUUCCAACAUGGCAUCUAUCAGCUGCUCAGGUGGGCAGGAACCCACAGUUCAAGUGGGCUUGCUGGCCAUGGAUUCUGCCUCUCAGCCGGUUCAGUUAGACUUCACAAACAAUCCUAAUGAGCUUUUUGAGGACUUCAGAGCCCUACGGAGCCACGGCCCCUUUGUUCUUGAUGGCAAGACAAUCGCAGCUUACAACAACAGGUUCAAAGUUAGGCAGGACGACACUGUGAAGGUGAUCAUCCAUUUGACUGAUGGUCUUGAUGCUCCAUUAUCUGAAAUGAAGAAAAGAGUUGAAGAACUUCGUCGAUCAGGAGUGAACAGCUUUAUUCUGGUUGGGCUGGAGCGGGUGCAGAACUUCGAGGAGGCUUUGCUGUUGGAGUUUGGUCGUGGCUUUAGGUACACUAGGCCCUUAAGACUCAAUGUCAUGGACUUGGAUUAUGAGCUUAUGGAGGAGUUGGACAAUAUUGCGGAGCGGGAGUGCUGCAGAGUGCCGUGUAAAUGUACCGGUACCAGAGGAGACCGAGGAGCAGUUGGACAGCCAGGAUCUAAGGGUAGUCCAGGGUUUUCUGGAAGCCCAGGGCAUCCCGGCGAUGAGGGAGGACCAGGAGAAAGAGGUCCUCCCGGUGUGAACGGAACUCAGGGUUUCCAGGGAUGUCCUGGUCAGAGAGGUCUGAAGGGUUCCCGUGGGUUCUCAGGAGAAAAGGGUGAAUUAGGAGAAAUUGGACUUGAUGGCAUCAACGGAGAGGAGGGUAAAAGUGGAGUUGCUGGGCCUCCAGGUGAUGGAGGAAACCCUGGCAGAAGAGGACCAAAAGGCAGCAAAGGACAAGCAGGAGACAUAGGAGAAAGAGGAAUCAGAGGAGAUCCUGGAACGAGUGGACGGGAUAACAACCAGGCAGGACCUAAAGGAGAUCCUGGAGAUGCUGGACCAGUGGGAGUUCCUGGAGAGGAUGGGCGGAACGGAGUGCCCGGAGAAAUCGGAAGGAGGGGACUGGAUGGCAGAAGAGGCCCACCUGGACCACCUGGUCGUCCAGGAGCUGCAGGAGACCGAGGUCUGCCGGGCCAGGCUGGUGUUGCAGGAUCCAGAGGUAAAGGAGGACCAAUCGGUACUCCAGGACCAAGAGGUGAAGAUGGAAAUCCUGGACCAAGAGGUUCUGGAGGAGUACCAGGUCCAGCUGGGGAGAGAGGUAGAAAAGGACCGCUUGGUCGUAAGGGAGAACCAGGAGACCCAGGACCGAGUGGAGCUAUUGGGCCCCCUGGCCCCCAUGGAGAGCCUGGUGCAGAUGGUAGAGACGGGCCUGGUUCUCCAGGUCCAAAGGGAAGAAAGGGUGAUAUAGGUUUCCCCGGAUUUCCUGGACCUAAGGGAGCAGCUGGAGAUCCUGGCACCCGAGGUGGACCUGGACCCAGAGGAAACCGGGGACAGAGAGGUGUAUCUGGGAAUGAAGGCUCACCAGGACAGCGGGGAGAACCUGGAUAUCCUGGACCUUAUGGCUCCAAAGGACCCAGAGGACCAGGUGUUGUGCAAUGUGACCUGGUUAAGAAGAUCAGAGACAACUGCCCUUGCUGUUAUGGUCAGCAGGAAUGCCCCCUCUACCCCACCGAGCUGGCCUUCGCCCUGGACAUCUCUCAGAGCGUCGAUCGCCCAGUUUUCAACAACAUGCGUAACACGGUGGCUCACCUGGUCAGAAACAUGACCAUCGCUGAGAGCAACUGUCCGAGAGGAGCUCGGGUUGCUCUGACCCUCUUUAGCAGCGAUGUGAUCACAGAAAUCCGGUUUGCUGAUGCCAUUAAGAAACGUGCGCUGGUGGAGCGGAUCGAGGGUCUCCAGAAUCCCAGGUCCACCAAGGCUCAGAGCCUGGACACCGCCAUGAGCUUUGUGGCCCAGAACACGUUCAAAAGGGUGCGCAGUGGUUUCCUAAUGAGGAAAGUGGCAGUCUUCUUUGUUGGUCCUCGGACCGGUCCGACACAAGCAAUAACUAAUGCAGCUCUCCGCCUCCACGAUGCUGGAAUAGCCACUUUGUUGUUGGUGAACCGAGAGGACAGGGCCCUCAGCAGAGCAGUGCAGGUCAACAACACCGCUCUGGCCCAGGUUAUAGUCCUUCCUGCCAUUGGAAGCUCCCAGUACAACACAGUCCUCCAGAAGAUCAUCACCUGCCACGUUUGCUUUGAUUUCUGCUCUCUGGACCAAAUGUGUGACUACAUUCCCCCGUCGGCCAGCCGGGACCGGAGGUCGGUGACCUCUGACAUUGACAUCGAUAUGGCUUUCUUAUUGGACAGCUCUGAGUCCACUUAUCCAUCCUUCUUCGUUGAGAUUAAGCGAUACAUAGCUCACAUGGUAGAAUCACUCCACGUGUCUUCAAACCCAACGUCAUCCCUUCACCACGCCAGAGUGUCAGUCAUCCAGCAGGCUCCUUACACAUUCGUCCACAACAAAACAGGCUCUCCCAUUCAGGUGGACAUCGGUUUGACUGAGCACCAUUCAGCUCAGGACAUCGUCAAAUUCCUGCUGGAGAAGACACAGCAGCUGGAGGGCGGAAGAGCGUUGGCGGCAGCCAUUGAAUCCACGGUGGAGGACGUGUUUGAGAAGGCACCGCUCCACCGGGACAGGAAGGUCCUUGUGCUGUUUGUGACAGGAAGCAUAGAAGAGGAAGAGGUGCAGCUGAUUCGCAUCGCCACAGAGGUCAAGUGCCGCGGCUACUUCCUGGUCAUCCUGGGUGUGGGUCAGACGCUGAGUCCGAAGGAUGUUCACAUCCUGUCACGAAUGGCCACCGAGCCUUCGGAUGUCUUCUUCAAGAGGUUGGACAAGAUUUCUCAAUUUUAUGACAAACACAUCCAGAUGUUCGGCCAGCUGUUGCCAAAAUACAUCAGCAUUGAGACGCCCCCCGAACUGUCCACAAACUGCAAGUGGCUACAGAGUGACCAGCCGUUAAAGAGCCCCCAGACGCCAUUGCAGCAUCAGCACCAGCAGGAGAAACUUCAGAAACAUCAUGAGAGCCACCAGGCAGUCAUUGAACGAAAACACAACGACGCAGACGAGCUGCACGUCUCCAACGUCACCUCCAACAGUCUGAAGCUGCGUUGGAGCAACGCUGACCCCAAACUCUUCGUCUACUUUGAGGUAGUUGUGACUCGCCUGCAGGAUCACGCUCUAGUCCUGAAGUCCAACGUUUCAGGCACAGAGAUCUCUUUGGACAACCUGGAAAGUUCUCAGACUUACCACGUUGUGGUCACGGCCCACACGGCCGAGGGCCAGAUCGUCUCCACGCGCAAAGGAAUAAUGAAAACCAAAGCAUCAAGUCCCGGCAGCAGCACCGUAAACACCUCACCACUGGAGACACCGGAGACCGCUAACCAACUUGCAGACCCGUGCUCUCUUGACUAUGAUCCCGGAUUGCCGUGCAAAGCCUAUCAGGCUAAGUGGUUCUUUGACAGGAAAAAUGGGUUCUGUGCUGAGUUCUGGUAUGGAGGUUGUGGAGGAAAUGAAAAUAGGUUCGACACAGAAGCUGGUUGCUUGAAAAACUGCGUGAAGUCAGCAGUGGAGCCUGAUCUGGAGGAGCAGCAGAUGCAGCAGGUGGAGAUCGUUCCAUCUCCGGCGUCUUUGACAGCUGUGGGCAUUUGUCAGCUUUCCAAAGAUGAAGGAAUGUGUGGCAAAUUUGUCCUGAAGUGGCACUACGAUGCUCCCAGUAAGAACUGCAUCCGUUUCUGGUACGGAGGCUGUGGCGGCAACCAGAACCGCUUUGACACGUACGAGGAGUGUGAGAAGGCGUGUGGGACACCAGCACCAGUCAACCAGCGAAUUGUCCCCGCACUGGAAACAUAGGACACGGCCAGAUUCCAACCGUUUCUAGGGGAAUUCUUUAGGAAAACCAAACUGUAAGGAAGCAUUGCAGAAGCAAUGGUGGCUGCACUGGACUCAACAAUCAUGAACUUUAUCCCCCAAAGUCUUGAAGUAGUUUUAAUUUGUUUGCUUGUUUGUUUGUUUGUUUUGUUUUUUCACAACCAGAUCAAAGAAUUGUGAUUUGCUGCAUGGAUGGUUUCAUCUUCCUGGUGCUAUUUGGUGUGUUUGUUUUACAAAUGGAGUAAAAACGUGCAGCAGCGUGAUGUAACACAAGUUUUAAAGGGGCUGUUUUAUGACAGCAGUAAACUUAUAUGAAUAUAUCGGACUGAGAUGGUGGAUAAAUCAGUAAACGCAGUCAUCAUGUUAUUUUAACUUUGAUUUAAAUUGUAUUUGAUCCCUGUGGAAAUUCAGCCUGACAUCUCUAAAUAAUCCACAUCAGGAGUGUGUUUGCACACCUGCCUGCCCAGGUGUUUCAGUGCACUUCUCGAUCUGUUUCCUCCUGAAAAACGUCCAAGUCAGAAAGAAUGUAAAGUAAAACGGUUUAAUGUUCUCGUUUCCUUUGGGUUUCAUGAAGUUUACGUGUGGAAGUGGGAAAUAAAAGGAAGUAGACUUUCUAAUGAA